CGAGAGGAAUUCCAAUUUUAAAGCAGACUACACAGAAAUUGCGUGUAAUCGCAACGGACAGAAUUCCGGCGAGUGACCAGUUGCUCGUGAUCACUUCCUGGUUGGUCGACUACCUUUCGUACAGCGAUAUACCACCCGUAUGUGUGUAUAUGCGUACGGACACACAUAUAUAUAUGGGAGUGUCGAGAUGUUACUCUCGAGCGCUUGGUUCGAAGUAAUCGCGCUAGCUCUUUUGACGAUAUUGGUCUUCGCUACUAGCUAUCGGCCAGCUUGGUGGUUUUGGAGCGGCACGUCUCACAAAAGCAAUGUACCAUCCGGCGAGGAGAAACACGAUAAGAAGCGCGAAGGGGUAACCAAAGUACCGGGACCGUAUCCUUUACCGAUUCUCGGAACCAGAUGGAUCUUUUCUUGUAUCGGCUACUAUAAGCUGAACAAGGUUCACGAUGCUUACAAAGAUUUGAACAAACGAUAUGGACCGUUGUGUAAAGAGGAAGCAUUAUGGAACUUUCCUGUGAUCUCUGUAUUCUCUCGUCAGGAUAUCGAAGCUAUUCUCCGUCGAAAUUCCAAGUAUCCACUUCGACCCCCACAAGAGGUUAUAUCCUACUAUCGACGAACUCGUCGGGAUCGUUACACGAAUCUCGGUUUGGUCAACGAACAGGGACAAACAUGGCAUGAUCUUCGGUUAGCUCUUACGUCAGAACUGACGGGUGCUAAUACCGUUCUUGGCUUCUUCCCGGCUUUGAACAUCGCCGCAGAUUCAUUCAUCGAGUUGAUUCGUCGACGAAGGACGGGAUAUGAAGUAAUAGGUUUCGAGGAGCUUGCUUACAAAAUGGGACUCGAAAGCACCUGUACUUUGAUCUUGGGUCGACAUUUGGGUAUCUUAAAGCCAGAUUCCAGCAGCGAGCUCGCUACGAGAUUAGCGGACGCCGUCAGGAUACACUUUACGGCCUCGCGGGACGCCUUUUACGGAUUACCGCUGUGGAAAUUAUUACCAACUUCCGCGUACAAACAACUGAUAGAAAGCGAGGACGAGAUAUACAAGUACGUAUUGGCUGGUUCGAAGCGGUAUCGUGCGAAUAGAUUGAAAAUUCGAUGGACCUUAUACAGGUUGUUGGUUUUCAGUAUCAUUUCGGAGAUCGUCGAAGCCACUAUAUUGGAGAAACGAAACGAUGCCAGAGACGAGUCGGUCGAGGCUGUUUUUCAAUCCAUUUUAAAGCAAAAGAGUCUCGAUAUAUGCGAUAAGAAGGCGGCUAUCGUUGACUUCAUAGCGGCUGGUAUACACACGUUAGGAAACACUUUGGUCUUUCUAUUCUACUUGAUCGGGCGUAAUCCAGAUGUACAAGCUAAACUUUACGAAGAAACCUAUUCAUUGGCACCGCCUGGCUGCGAUUUGACGAUCGAGGAUUUACGGCACGCCAAGUAUCUGCGCGCAUGUAUCACCGAAUCAUUCCGAAUAAUUCCAACGACAACCUGUAUCGCUCGCAUUUUGGACGAACCCAUCGAACUAAGUGGUUAUCAUCUUACUACUGGAACAACGGUCAUUUUACACACUUGGAUAGCAGGCAUGGACGAAGUGAAUUUUAAAGAUGCCGGAAGAUAUUUGCCUGAUAGAUGGCUAACGCCUAUCAAUCCUCAUUCACCGUUAUUGGUUGCGCCUUUUGGAGCUGGAAGAAGGAUAUGCCCGGGCAAGCGAUUCGUGGAUCUCGCGUUGCAGCUUAUUUUGGCAAAGAUCGUACGGGAGUUCGAGAUCAUCGUGGACGAAGAGCUUGAUCUCCAAUUUGAAUUUAUUCUCGCGCCAAAGGGUCCGGUCUCCCUUGGCUUCCGUGAUCGUUCUUAAGAAGAUAUAACGAACCGAAUGCUUGUUUAAAUAUUACCGAAAUCUUGCAUCGUCGUUUUUUCGUUAGCGAUCGUUAUUUUAUGUUCGUAGCCCAUUCGUAAAACGAUUUAUUUGUUGUAAAUAAUUUUUGUUCAUCCAAUUCGGAAUACUUAUCGUUACAGUAUAUGGAUACAUCAUAAUAGCUUUUUACAUUUCAUCGCGUGUACUUUGGAACCGUCUUAUUCUUUAACUAUCUAACUGUUUUCAACUACUUGCGAAUUUUCGCUACAUCGUUGUGCAUCCUGUGUAAGAAUAAGACGAUCCCGAAUAUAGUGCGAAUAUAGGACGUUACCGUUUUGAUUCGGUAUUAAAAUCUCUUUUUUUCAACAUAGUUACAUAAUACAUAUUUAUUUCUUUUCUGUUAUCAACGACACUCGCGUGUGUACUGUGCGAGUUAAAUCGAUUAUUAGUGAUUUCCUAUGAUACAUGCGUGUAUGUAAUUGAAUUCGAAAAGACUGAAAGUAAUUAUUCGAUACAUUAGCUAGUGUAUACGAUGGCUACAAACUCGCGUACAUAUAAGUUAUUUUUGCAUUAUCUCGUUAAUCGUAAUUUGACAGUCCAAAUCCAGAUUAAGAUAAUUACGUUUCACGCGAUGCGAAUAACUUGUAUAAUUCAGUAAACACUGUUUUCGCGAUGCUUUAGUAAGUUUCUGUAAAGCGUAAUGUCAUACAUACAUAUUGUGUCUCCGGAUAUUUUUACAUAACGGUUGGCGACGUACGUACAGGGUAUUUUACAAUAAUCCUCGUACCUCUGAAUUUCUCACAUCGCGGCAAUUGUAUUUUAUUUAAAACCCCAAGGAAUACCAUAAAUAUUAGGUCGUCGUUUAACUUUCCACGACCUUUCAAUCUCUCACAUUAAAACAUUGUAAUUUCAUAUUGCGAUCUAAUAUCUUUCAAACGAGUGCCAUUGUCUUCGAUAUAUGUGUAUGCUUCUGAAUGAACCGAUAUCUAACGAA